AUGCGUCUCACUCUUGUCAGUCUUUUUGUUGCCUUCUUCGCAGCCAUGGCAUCUGCUCAGCAUACCGUCAACUGCUGGGGAAAAGCCCUGAACCCCGAGCAAAACGAUCUCGAAACCAUAAUCCGUUGGUUCAACAAGCGGAUUGCCAUCGCGGCGGCUGACAACACAUGGAUAAAUCAAGUUAUUGAACCCGACUCGUGCAUUUCUAUCGCCUGCGUCAAGGACUUGGCCAUCAGCGUCCGAGCAUGCAAUAGCGCAAAACAAACCCUCCGCCCUAGCCUGCAAAACCUGGUCAACACCAUGAAUGUGAUCCUGGCCGAAUGUACUGAAGAGUACGACGGCAAAAUGGUUUCUGGUGGCGUUGUUGACCAUCCUGAUGGAUACUCGCUUAUUGUCCAGGAGGAUGAUACAUGCAAGUACUAA